AUUUCUGCUAUUGUAAUUUUACGUUACUAUACUGAUUCAGCUCUUAAACCCUCUUCUGAUUUCUCAAUCUUGACUUGUUACUGAACCCUUCUUCUUCCCAGGCAAAAUUUACCCACUCCAGUCUCCGCCCGCCGCUGUUUUCCUUUUCCACAGAAUCUCCCCCCCAAAAGAAAGAACUCAAACAAUGGCGGCGACUUUCGCUCAGCCCCACGCCCACGGCCGCCUUUUCUCCACCUCCCCUCUCCCCAAACCCACCAAGAACCUCCGUUCCCCAUUCACAGUCCGCAUGUCCCUUCAAGAAACCGGCCCUUCAAUCGCCGUCGUCGGCGUCACGGGGGCCGUCGGCCAAGAGUUCCUCUCCGUCCUCUCCGACCGGGAUUUCCCUUACCGUUCAAUCAAAAUGCUGGCUUCCAAGCGCUCGGCCGGGAAGCAGAUGACUUUCGAGGACAGGAACUACACGGUGGAGGAGCUGACCGCCGAUAGCUUUGACGGGGUCGACAUCGCCCUGUUCAGCGCCGGUGGGUCAAUUAGCAAGCAGUUUGGGCCGGCGGCGGUGGAGAAGGGCGCCAUUGUUGUUGAUAACAGCUCCGCGUUCAGGAUGGUGGAUGGGGUUCCUUUGGUGAUUCCUGAGGUCAAUCCCCAAGCUAUGCGAGGGAUUAAGGUUGGGAUGGGGAAAGGAGCUUUGAUUGCAAACCCCAAUUGCUCUACCAUUAUCUGUUUGAUGGCUGCCACUCCAUUGCAUCAACGUGCCAAGGUGUUACGCAUGGUUGUCAGUACAUAUCAGGCAGCCAGUGGGGCUGGUGCUGCUGCCAUGGAAGAGCUUGAACUCCAGACUCGUAAGGUGUUGGAAGGAAAGCCGCCAACUUGUAACAUAUUUAGCCAACAGUAUGCUUUUAAUUUGUUUUCACACAAUGCACCAGUUCUACCGAAUGGAUACAAUGAAGAAGAAAUGAAAUUAGUAAAAGAGACCAGGAAAAUCUGGAGUGACUUGGAUGUUAAGGUCACUGCUACCUGUAUAAGAGUCCCCGUCAUGCGUGCUCAUGCGGAGAGUGUUAAUCUCCAAUUCGAGAAGCCACUUGAUGAGGAUACAGCAAGGGAGAUUCUGAAGAAUGCACCAGGUGUGGUGGUGAUCGACGACCGUGCAUCCAACCAUUUCCCAACGCCGCUGGAAGUGUCGAACAAGGACGACGUUGCAGUUGGCAGAAUUAGGCAAGAUCUGUCCCAAGAAGGCAAUCACGGGUUGGACAUCUUUGUUUGUGGGGAUCAAAUACGAAAGGGAGCUGCCCUGAAUGCCGUUCAAAUUGCUGAGAUGCUGCUAUAACUUCUGCUUGGACUGGACUCAUUUCCCCCUUUUUCUUUUACUGUUAAAGGUUUUCUUUUUGUUCAUCAUGGGAUAUUAUUAGUUCCUUACUCGAUUAAUGUUUUACUGCUACUCUAAUUUUGGGUCAUAUUCGGACCGGUUGAGGUGUUGGUUUCAGUGGAGAGAGAGAGAGAGAGAGAGAGAAUGCUUCAUAUAAUUUCAUUGAUUGUAAAACACUCUUUGGAGGCGGUUCAUAUUCAUGGUAAUCAUAAUUUUGGAUGAUAACUGGAAAAUGUAUUGGUUUCUAUUUGGUGUCCAACCAAUGUCUAAAUCUAAAGAGAGCCCAUUCAAAUAAAGUAAGA